AUGUUGAUGGUUGACGAGCAGUUGAAAAUUGGUGCGAGCCAAAUGCACAGCCCGAGUCAUAAUUGCAUCGUGAUUGCCGAUGAUAUGGAAAAAGGUGGAAGUGACAGUGAUAGUAUUCCUUCUUCACCAACACAUCUCCAUGAAAUCUACAGGAGGCCUUGGAUUCACGAACCGCGAGCAACUAACUUUUUUGUACGCCUGAUAACCAGUUUAUAUGCUUUGAUAAUUACUAUAAUAUCUUUGGUUGUGGAGGUGUCACCAACAUGGAGAACAGACAUGUGGCGGGCAGAAACGAUAUUCUAUAUAGCAAUGUAUGGUGUUGGAAUUUUAUUUUUUGCAUAUUGCUACAUCUUCAUUAUCUAUCCGGGACCAUAUAACUAUUUAAUCUCCGUGCUUCGUAGGUACAAAAUUAUCAAAAACUCAGAGGACUGGUUUAUUAUGCAAAGCCAACACAAUGGUGAAGGAGCUGGCACAUUGUAUUUGCGACUUGGUGCUCUAUUUUUCGGAAGUGUCGGAAUCGUUCUAUUUGGCCUUGAGUUGUUUCUGUGCAUUGAAAACGCAACAUGCAAGAAAGUGACAAUUGCGAAGAUGAUUGUGGCAAUUAUUUUUACUUUCAUACAAAUGCAUUUUAUUUUUUGCAACUCUAAGAUAACUGUGAACAGCUCCCAGAAAAUCGUAGCAUUCGGAAUGAUGCACCUGAUUUCGGUCAACUUGUGGACAUGGUUCCGAUUUGUGCUGGCUAAACAAGAAGCGAAAGCUCACAAGAAAGCUCAACUCAAGCAAACAUUUCGAAAGUACUACUCUUCCUCCUCCUCAUCAUCAGAAGAAAUUCACGAUUUAAUAAAUGCAGUACUGAAUUCAACGAUCAACAACAGCCCCGAGACAAAGACGAUAGAGCCAGCGGUCAGUAGAUUGUUUGCUCUUGAGCACUUCGGAGAUGUUGCCACGUUUUUGACCACUUGCAUUGUCGAGUAUUCGUUAAUUGGGGCAGCAAUUAUGUUCAUUUUAUGGAAAUCAAUCGGCCAGAAUAGUCAUCAUCAGAGCAAUAGUGGAAAAAGGAAGGUCAAAAUGAGGAUUGAUUGCAGCUCAUCAUCUACUGGUUUGUUUGCUGGAAUCAUCUUUCUCAUUGGAUCACUGGUCUCAAUGGGAAUGUACACUAUAUUCGAAACUUUAAGAAACAGCGCCGGAGCUCAACUCGUAUUUGGAAUUGUAGAUUUAUCACUAUUCUCUAUUGCCCUUGGUGCAUGUGUAAUUGGACUAUGGAGGAUGCGUCUCCUUCAAUAUCGCUUACACGCCCAUGGUGAAGUAAUAGACGAAAUCUUGCUCAUCAUUGGAUUGAUCGGUGAAAUUCUUUACUGUGCUGUUGGAAUUGACGUAUUUAUAACGUGUAGAAGGUCUGCUGACUUAACGGUCAGCGCUCUACCAGCAUUUGUGUUUGUGAUUCGAAUGAUUCAAGUUGUGGUUCAAGCUGCAUUUAUUUUGACUACUUCAAGCAAAGCAGCAACGCAAUAUAACUAUAUUAUUUAUGCAGUUGGACCAUUAUUAGUUUUCUACAGAUUCCAUAGUUCGGCGUGUCUUGCUGAAAUAUGGAAGCACACUUACAGCACAAAGAGCAACGAAUACGACCACGAACAUACGAUGUCACUUUCGGAUAGUAAUCUCACUGCAAUGACCCCAAUUUCAGAUAUAAAGCAUGCUGAUGUUCCAUCUCCAAUUGGACAUCACUUGAAACACUGA